AUGUCGAGCUCAUCCUCAGAUUCAGAUGAACAGCCGCUAUCUCCAAUAAGAUUGUUUGGUCGUCAAAGAUCCUUGCAUCAGAUCCUUGGAGGGGGAAAAGUUGCAGACAUACUACUGUGGGAAAACAAGAAGUUAUCUGCUACAAUCCUAAUAGGCGUCACAAUUAUAUGGCUCCUUUUUGAAGUGGUGGAAUACAAUUUCAUCACUCUUCUAUGUCACAUCUCUAUCAUUAUGAUGUUAAUUAUGUUUAUUUGGUCCACUGGGGCAGGAUUAGUUGAUUGGAAUCCCCCAGAUUUGCAUGCUAUAACAGUGCCUGAAGCUGCAUUCAGAUGGCUGUUUGCCAAAAUCAACUGGAUAUUGUUAAAUUUGUAUGACAUUUCAUCUGGAAAAGAUAUAAAAACAUUUUUUCUGGCAAUCACUUUCCUCUGGAUGUUGUCAAUUAUCGGAAGCUCUUUCAGCUCUUUGAACUUCUUAUACAUUGGCUUUCUCAGCUUGGCAACUUUACCAGCUUUAUAUGAGCGUCAUCAAAAUGAAGUGGAUCAUCUCGCAAGCCAAGGGAAGAGGGAAAUGAAGAAAUUGUACAAGAAAUUUGAUUCAAAAAUCCUUAGCAAGAUUCCAAGAGGGCCAGUGAAACAGAAGAAGGGAUACUAAAGUUGGAGAAAAUCAGGAAACUAACUUGUGAAGAAAUUGCCUGUCCCUAUUUCUUAACCACUUUGAUAUGUUGCCUAGACAGCAAGACAUAUUUGAAGUAAAAAAAGAAAAAUUACUUCUUCAAAAGAAGAUGGAUAAUGAUUAACU